GGCUAACUGUGGGGGUUGUAAUCGUCCCGAGGGCCGUCCCACGCAUAUAAUUUAGACUAGCCAAACUUUGUAUAAGGUUCGCUUUCUUCUACCAAUGACUCCGCAAUCACUCGUGGAGUUAGUAUAGUGAGAAUUGGAUGAGCACAGUCACCAUGAGUUGUAUGGACGUGAUGUAUCAAUCGCCGUACCAAACUUAUCAGCCAUAUCCCUUCUAUCAGCAUCAUCACUUACCGACACAGAAAUUUGGGCACUAUAAGAUGCACGAGCCGCUUGAGUCAGUCGAAUACACUGGCAGUGUUUUGGCCCAGCCUUUAGCAGCGGCACCUAGCAUAUCGGCACUGACAAUACCAGCAGUGACUACGCAACAACAUACACAAAGAGAUAAGCCAAAAGACGAAGAAGAAUCAGAUUCAGACAAGGAAGCCACUACACCGGAAGCAGAGUAUAUCAGCUCGCGUUGUGUGCUUUUUACAUACUUCACUGGGGACAUUGGCAAACAUGUAGACGAACAUUUCAGUCGUGCUCUUAGUCAACCCACCAGUUUUACCGCCACGGAUAAUACUAAACAUGCAAGCAGCUCACAAUGGAAAACAGGUGAUUUCUCGCCGAUGAGUCAAAGAAAUUUUCCUCCUUCGUUUUGGAACAGUACAUAUAGCACGAGUAGCUACCCACACCACGAUACUUUGCCAUUUAGGGACCCUUAUACGGCGGCAUCGACGUACUCAGCCGCCUCCUAUAGCAGUCUACAUCAGGCUACAGACCCAUGGCAUUACUCGUUAUCAACACAAAGUUCGUAUUCUGCUACCGCUGCUCAUCGUUCUAUGCAUGAUCUCAGCUACACUAUGGCAUCGGGGAGCCCGUUUAAUACCCGAUACAGCUCUCUGUUAAUACAACCUUCGAUGAGAACGAGCAGACUAGCGGGACAAUGUGAUUUAUCCAAGGCCGGUGACGCCUGGUCCUCGCGUUAUGGAGAAGCAUUAUCAAGUGACUCUGUAUCGGCACUCAAUGUAGACACAUCUGCCUCUGCUACAUUAGAGCAUCAAGACCAGCCAAGUAAAGAUCUUUACUGGUUUUAAACAAAUCAGGGUGCAGCGUUGACAUCUGUUUAAUGGAUUAGAUAUUCUACGAUCAGGAUGAACCAUUGACAUCUGUGAAACUGAUUAUAUCAGAUAAAGAUGGCGAUCAGUUUGAGACUGUCAACAAGCACGACGUUGUCGAUUUCAGAGAUUAGCAGCCAGUACCGAUAGCAAUGUCGGAUGUUUUUGAUUAACAAACUAAGGAGGAAGUUCACGCUGUUUCUUCAAGGUUGUUGUUUGUAAACAACCGUAGUCGUUGGCCAUGCUGGACAUUAUCAGUACGUAUACAACUGCCGACUUCAACACUUAAUAAUUGUGCAAUUGUCACGUGACUCCUACACUCUACAACCAAAGCAGUACUGUGUGGCAUUGAAACGAUGUCGACAGAAUAUUUUGCAAUUUGCAGGUAUAUCGUAAGUAUCGAGUUGAUACUACCAAUGACCACCAGUCAUUCAAUUUGCCGAGGUAGUUUGCUGUGUGAACAAGUACUAACCUUGCUGUAGAUCGGAGUUAUUGAAUCUACCGAACAUAGUGUCUAUCACUGUAAUUAGGUAUUUACUUGCAUUUCUAUAGACGAGACUA